AUGCCUUAUCAGGAUGAUGAGAUCACAGGAAUCAACUGGAACAAAGAUGUUUGGAAUGGAAAAACCUCACAGAAGCUGAAGGUGUACCUCUGGAAGUUGUGUAGUGGGGCACUUGCUCUCGGAGAGAACCUCCUUAACUGUGGGAUCGAAAGCAAUGCUACCUGUAACCGGUGUGGAGAACUUGAAACGCGAGACCACUUCCUGUUCCACUGUGAUUUUGCAAAAAGAACUUGGGAUCUAGCCCCUCUAGCUAACCGACAGCCUUUCACGAACAAUCAGAGCUUUAUCGAGGUACUACAGAGAUCAAAAUCUUGGAUUAACCUCCCGCCAACGGGAAUUACCGGUGCGUGGAGCUUCCCAUGGAUUGCUUGGAGCCUUUGGUUAAAUCGCAAUAAUCAAAUCUUCGAAGAUAGGGGCUUCUCACCCAUGGACACGAUAACAAAGGCAAUGGCGAACGCCAGAGAAUGGGAAAGGGCCCAAGAGAUGACGGCAAUGCAGGAGAAGAAGGGAAGAAGCUCACUAAGCCACCAAUCAGCAACUCAUCCGAUUAUAGUGAGUGUGGAUGCAGCUUGGAGAGCAUAUACACAGACCGCGGAAUUGGGAUGGAGCUUUUCCGACUGUAACCAAACGAUCCUAGAAGAAGGCAGCAGCGCGGAGGUCCCGGUCCUCUCCUCCCUCGCAGCGGAGGCGUUAGCAAUCCGAGAAGCCCUCAUCCAAGCAAAAGCCAGAAAUUGGACCGAUCUCUGCCUCAGAUCCGAUUCACAAACGCUCGUUCGAACCAUAAGAUCAAACGACAAAAUUGCAGAAAUCUUGGGAGUCCUUCGCGACAUCAAAUCUCUAGCAUCUUCCUUUGUCUCGAUCUCAGUCGUUUUUACACCAAGAGCUGAUAAUACUCGAGCCGAUUCCUUGGCAAAAGCAGCUCUUGCUUUGUUUGUAACGCCGUUUCAGUGA